AUGAUGAAACGCCUGUCGCCUUAUCCAUCCAUUUGCUUGUUUGUACUUGUGACAUUCCAUAACCAGCGAGUUUGUACCAGUUAUCGCGGACGUUACACGCGCGCUGCUGAUUUACCAGACGAUCACGAACUCGUAAUACCGCGAAAAGUUAGAUCGGAUGGAAGUUUCUUAUCACAUCAGAUACCUCAUCACUUUGAGCGCUCUUUCUAUCGAAAUCGAACGACAUUCGAUGAUGCUGUUCACUACCGCCUGCGUAUUGAUCAUGAAGAAUAUCACAUCGAACUCUAUCCAAAUCAUCGACUUCUCGGGCCAAACGCGAUAAUCGAAGAACGUCGAGGUUCGCGAGAUUUUUUGAAUAAUAUGCAGCUGAAGCGAUUGCGAAACACGCAAUGUCACUAUCGGGCUCGUGUGCGAAAUCAUUUGGAAGACAGUGCUUUGUCCACCUGUUAUGGACUCGUCGGAUACAUUAAAACGAAGCGAGCGUGGUACAUAAUCGAACCAGUAGCGGGGCAUGAUUUUACCAAAGAAACGGAGCAACCGCAUAUCGUGUAUAAAAGGAACCCGGAUGAGUUUCAGACCGCUGCUGUGCAGAAUCUUUGCAACGUCACCGGCAAUACGUCCAGAAUCAUUGCCAAGCGCGCUUUGAGUCCGCAAAAGAGAGUGUCCGCAAAAUCAAACGAAAGCAGGUCAUAUACGGUGGAAUUGCUAGUCGUAUUGGACAAGUCUCUGCUAGACUAUUAUCGAGAGAAACCCUCUUUUUUUCAGGCCGCAGGAUUGUUUCACGACGUCAGUUUGGGAGUACAUAUGCAGUUGACUAUAGUAAGAAUUAUAAGAUUAGAGGUGGAAGAAAAUGAGAUGAAUUUAUCAAUAAAUCAAGAUGCGGAUGCAGCGCUGAGGCAUUUCCAGGAAUGGCAGCGCACUAUGAAUCCCGGCGACGAUUCUCAUCCAAAUCACCACGACUGCGCGAUUCUCAUUAGCAAGUUAGAUGUCUGCGUCUCGAGAAACCUGUGCGGCUUCACCGGUACAUCCACAAUCGCUGGUACAUGUGAUCCUUUGAGAGGCGCGGCUAUUGUGAGAGAUGCCGGUUUGCCAACCGGUUAUCAUAUAGCUCAUCAGAUAGGCCACACCUUGGGUAUGUCCCACGACGUGCAGCGGGAGAACGGCUGCCCCGGUAUAGUUUAUCACGGCAACGGAUACGCGGAGACCACCGUUAUGCACCCCGGUGACAUGUACAUCACGAAAAAAUGGUCCGAGUGCUCCCGGCGUUACCUGCGCUCGUACAUCGAACAAGGUUUGGCAUUUUGCUUAAAGGACGAGCCGCAGGACCAUUAUUUUCCCGCUGCGGAAAUGUUGCCAGGCGUGAUGUAUAACGGAGACGAUCAAUGCCGUUUACGAUAUCGAUCAGACGCUCGGCAAUGUGAUAUGGGAAUAACCUGUGAUAUCCUCAGAUGCGCCAUUCCGGGGAGAGGUUGCGUGUCUGGCGGGAAACCACCUGCGGAGGGCACCCCGUGCGGUGAAAAGAGGUGGUGUUACCAAAUGAAGUGUCUAAUGGUGGGAGAACGACCUGGAGUCACAGACGGCGGCUGGGGCGCCUGGUCGUCCUGGAGCAGAUGUUCCCGGAGCUGCGGUUCCGGCGUCGCGUACGCCAUAAGAAAAUGCAACCAGCCGUCCCCGUCUAGAGGCGGCUCUUACUGUGUCGGCGAAAGGAAACGUCACAAGAUUUGCGCCACUGACCCCUGCGAAAUCGGCGCGCCUUCCUUUCGCGACGUGCAGUGCGCCGAAUUCAACGACUGGGUAUUUCCGGAGGAUGGAAGGAUUCACCGCUGGGUCGCGUAUAAUCUACCGGAAGAUUUGAGGGCCUCCGAAAAUCCCUGUGCUCUUUACUGUAAGAGCGAAACUAAUCUGGUGACCUCGUUGAGACCGAAAGUGGUAGACGGUACCACGUGCUACAGAGGUAUUCGAGACAUUUGCAUCGGGGGUGUGUGCAGAGAGAUACCUUGUGACCUAGAUAUAGAAUCUACGGCCGUCGAAGACGUUUGCGGCGUUUGCAAAGGCGACGGCACGUCGUGCACAUUGAAGCAAGGAACAAAGUCGUUUGUGGCUCAACAGCGUCUCAAGAAGAUAACGGACGUGCCGGCCGGCUCCAGAAAUAUCCGCGUCGAGGAGACAGAACCAACCAAGUCUAGAAUUGUCGUGCGCACUAAAAUUACAAAAACCGUGCUGAUUGAUGGUAACCGCCUAGGAAUGUUCGAUGUGCCAGGCUCCAAGGCGUGGCUGGGAAUGAUAAGGCCAAGGCAGGAAGCUUUGAAUAUACCAGGACCCGUCACCGAAGACUUGGUUAUAUUGGUCUCACCGAAGGAGAACGUCACGUUGAAAUACUCAUUAGGACUGAAGCAACGAACUUCUCGUAAACCCCAAUUCUCGUGGGAUUUCAUCGACUGGGAGAAAUGCUCGGCAGGUUGCGGCCCGGGAGAACAGAUAUCGAAACCUCGUUGCAUCGAGAAAAUCGGCGGACUGGUGGACGAUAAAUUCUGCAGAAAUAUCACUAAACUAGACGCAAAGGUCAGACCGUGCAAUCAAGCGCCCUGCGUACCGAGAUGGAUCAUUGGCGACUGGCAAGGCUGCACGCCGUGCACGUUAGGCUGCAAGAGAAGUCGCGCUGUCAAAUGUAUACGACCCGUCGGCCGUGGCGAGCAGGAUGUCGAUGUGAUCGAGGACAGCUACUGCCAAGGACCGAAGCCGAGGGAGUCGGAGUCUUGCGAAGUCGGCCGACGAAGACGAGAGGACAGAAGUGCCGCCGACGGCAAACAUGGGCUCCCCUCCGUUCGCUCGAACACGUUAACGCGACAAAACGACUUCAUUAAAGCCGCUCGAAGACCCGCUAAGACGGCUUUAAACAGCGACACUGCGGAAGAUCGAUAUCCGAAUGAUCUCUCUCCACGCGCAGAACAGACUGGAAAUCCGUCCGAUCUCUCUCGCUUGAUUGAAACCGGAUAUAUGAAUGCGCUUCCAAAUAAAAAGACAGAUUUAAUUCCACUGGAUGUUUCGAAUCGAAAAUCGAGUAAAAUUCAUCAAGAUCGUUCCGAGAUAGAUAAAAGAUCGGGGGAUAUACUGAAUGAUAAAGAGGAGAAAACCGAUGUACGUAAAAUCAAGAAAGGCGAGAUAGUGAUCGAUAAGGAAGACAUCCGGAAUCUGACGCUCACGAUUAUUCUGGAACGCGACGAGAAGAACGUUGUUACGAAUUUUCCGAAGGAUUUCAAGCCUCAGCCGCCGGAAAACAGCACGGAAUUCACUUUGAUCGGCAUGGACGCUCUUAGAUACAUACAAAAAAUUCAGGAAGAAGCGCGCACGUUUUUCUAA